AUGCGCGGGCGCGGAUAAAGGGGAGGGGUUGAAAAUGAAGGAGAGAUGAGCGCCCUGUGGUCCGCAAGCAUCUCAUUCAGACGAGCAGCAACCGCGACGUCACCCCGCUGACGGUAUGUCCAUCUGAGGUGAAGUAACCUGGUCAGCUUCCUGCACAUUUAUGUCUCAGUUUGGAGGACUCGUUUGGAGCUGUUUGUCGUUAGAAUGCGUCCAGGAGCGCGUCCUCCUCUCGACGCUGUGCGGUCCUCCCUCUGUGUCUGCCUGCUAGUUGUGCUGCUCUGUGUGGAGGCUACUGUAUCUGAAGGCGCUGUUUACAAUGGUGAGUGGGACUUUACUCAUGUAAAAAUAGAAUUUAUACAUCCAAGGGAAAAUUGUUUGAUUUUGCAUUGCAUUUGAAUGUAUUUUUGUGUUAAAAUCCAACAUGAUUUUCUUAUCUGGCAUGUAAAGUGUCAAUUAUUAUUUUAUACUGAGCUACAAAUAUUUCUGUAACACAUUAAAACGAGUGCAACUUGUUACAUAUUCCAUCUGUUUGACUCUUUUUUUCAAUUAGGAGACAAUAGGCAAGCUUCACAGUGGAGCAUCCUCCAGCAAGUACAGAGUUAUGAGAUUACUUCUCCCACAUGGCUGCAUCCUCUCAGACACAGGAGGUCUGCCAACAAAGAGGUGAGCCAGACAAGCUGCCUUUGUGUCUCUCCUUGCUUAUUCCCCAUUAAACCAUCACUUUUCAAGACAACAUUUCACUCACAAAUUGUGGUAAAGUCUUAGCACAUGUAAGUCAGCUCCUGUGUGCUAAUCUCUCUUUUUGCUGGUUUGUUCCAGCACCCUGCAGAGACUCAGGUACAGAUCACAGCGGAGGGCCAGGAGCUCACGCUACACCUGGAGAAAAAUGAGUAAGUAGCUGAAGAACACCACAUCUCCUUUGCUCUCCAUACCAAAGGAUUAAGUAGUAAUAUGUUUGGCAGCUGUUAAGGCAGUUAAGAGCUCCUAGCAGGUAACAAAGAGUGACACAAGUCCCCUAAAUCCUUCAAGUAUAUUCAACAUGGUCUUCCUAUAUUUUCUGAGACAUCCACAAGACGCCCCUGCUUGCUCCGUUUAUUUGAGCAGAUGUUUGCCGUCACACAGAAACAUAUAAGGUCAGUGCCCCUGUGUGUGCAGAGAGGGGGAUGAAGAGAGGAAAGGAGUAUGAUGGUUUUGGACGACAGAGGGCUGACACCCGAUCUGUAUGCCUUGGGCAAACAGGAAGUCAGAUUGUGCCUUUGCAUCCUACGUCCUGUAAUCUGAUGGAACGGUUCCUGUGCAGGAACAAUAGGACGGUGAUAGGAAAAGAGCUGAGUAUAUCUGGUCAAGUUAAUGGACAGUAUGAUCACCGGGUGGGAUAGCAGGGAGGGUUGCGGUGACAGUGGAGCAGCAAUUCAUCUUUUUUUAUUCGGAUUUGAGCCAACAUACGAGUGGAAUGUGAAGCUUUUAUGAAGAUUAGAGUUGAAGGCCACUUUUAUAGUUAAAUGCAGGCACCCUCUGGCAUUCGUUCACUCUCAGACACACACACACAGUAAGAACCAUGACUCCACUGUGUCUGACUGACUGUCCCCUGAGGGAUUUGCCCCCCUGCUCUGCCUCCCAGCAGGUGGUCACACUGUUAGAUUUCCUCCUGGGUGAGGAAUUUUCAUCAAUCACACACAUUGUGUGUCCCUGUGUGGCUAAGUAAGGCACAGAGACAGGAUAGAACAGAAAAGUUCUAGAACAGAAAGUUGUGAUAAAUAUUAAAGGUUUAGUGGUUGCUCAGCAUUAGAUGUGUUGGGUGAUAAUAUCUUAAAGUUGCACAUUGUUGAAAAUAGAGGAAAUACUGUAUUUUGAAACCACAUCCGUGCAACUUCUCAACUGUUUCCAGAAAGUGAAGAGUUGUGAACAUUUCUUAAUGUGUGCAAAUUUUUGCAUCAGUCACAAUACAGAACUCUAGAAUAAUGUUGAAAUGUUUGAAACAAUAAAUCACCAAACGUCAGUAUUAUAUAUUAAAGUUUCUGUGAGGAGCUUUUGACAUUUGUAAAAUUAGCUGAAAUUCCCAUUGAUGCUUUUUUGUGGUUUACAAAUGCAAACAAAACCUUCAGCAACAAAACUGACUGUUUUCAUAUUGUUAUUUUAAUUCCUAAAACUGCUGUUAGGGGGUAGGUGUCAGCCGAGCAGCUGAAGAAACUUUUUUGUUUGCUUGUUUCUUCGUAAGUGAUUAGUAAUAAAUGAUAAAGUUGAUUAUUAAAAGUCAGCAAGAUUGGAUUUUUUUAGAGGACACAACAUUGGUUUGUAGUAAAAGAGAUACGCAUACAAUGUUACCGUUUGUGUUGCAUACAGUGUAAAUACUUGCAUAUUAUCUCUUCAUUUUUAUACUUAUUUUACUUAUUUUAUUUAUUAUUUAUCUCCUCUUUUUACUGUAUUUGCCCUGGAAUACUUUGACAAAAGCAAUUUCCCCCUGGGGAUUUUUAAAGUAUUUCUGAUUCUGAAGAUAGGUAAAGACUGUUUUGACCACAGGGAGUGCCAAAAUUCAGAUGAACCAAAAGUUCCUCAUUGGAGCUUUAAACGAAUUAAGUUACAACAUUGUUCCAUAUUAAGGGAGCAUGUCCUACGUCCCUUGUAUUGAUGUUUUAAUGUACUGUGUCUGGAAGCUUUAUUGAUCCAGAGAAAACCACAUGAAUACUCCUUUUUUCAUUUGGUUGUUAAUUUCAAUCAAUCAAGCUUGAACACUCGUGCUUUUGCAUGCCUAAGCUUGAUAAUAGAUCAUAUGACAGUUAUUACCCAAUGAGAGGAGGGUUUUUCUUUUUCCAAAGAGGAUUGCUCUGAUACUUUUGGAGUUGUAGCUCUUUGAAACCAUUUUUAUGCAUUUCAUUAUAUAUAAUUAAGGAAUAAUGUAUAAUGAGCAGGUUGUUCUGAGACACCAAAUCCUGACUUUCCUGACAGAGCUUUAAUUUCGCAAAAAAGAAAAUCCCCUCAUAAAAAGUAGUUAACAAGAACUGAUUCAAGAUGAUUUCAUUCAUGCAGCUUAAAAAUAGAACUUCAGAUUUUCAGCUGCCAUGGCAACAGAGUCAGCGGACUUGCCCGUUGAACUUAACAUUUCUGAUUACAGCUAGGUCCAGACAUUUUUUUUAGUUUACUGCUUCCAAUCACAUUUAACAUAACGCCAUACAUUUAUCCAGACAGUCUUAUGAUUAAUUGUGUUUUGUUAGUUCAACAGCUUUAUACUUUUUGAGAGAUUAAGAGAGGAUGGGUGUUUCUAAGUUGAAGGUAGGAUCAGGUUAUGUUUGGCUUCCUUUUAAGAGCUUAAAACCACAAGGUUUAGCCACACCUCCACCAUCCCCCCGCAGUCAUUUUCAUACAGUCCCUUACAAAAAUAGCUUCACAGCUUUCAAAGAAAGAGCCUGCCAGAUCUGUAGACUCAUUAUUCAGUCCGAGGUUUACUACCUCACCCCACCAUUAGCCAGUGUUUCCCCUCUCAGCAUUCCCAUCCUGGGUUUCUGUGUUUAGAUUUGUCCUUUGUUGGCCUAAUGUGGAGACAUGUUACACUAUAAGAGAGCGUGCUGAAGAAGACAGCAAUUUAUGCCGGUGAAGAUCGAUGUCUGAUUUUGGAGAAAAGCCAGAGAAAAAAGCUGCCAGUGUCCGUCUCUGUGUCCUGGCUACUCCCUCCUGUCCUCAAUGCCCCCGAAACGCUUCCUCUGACGGCCUGCAGAUAAGGGAGAACAUAAACUAUCUGUGAGAUGGUCUUGGUCUUGUCUUUCUGUUUAUACUCCUGCAGUAUUUAAAUCAAAUUUAUCUUCGGUCUUUCUCCCCGAGAAUACCAGUCCUCCUUAAUCGCUUUUCUCAACACAUCACUUAAUCAAAGUAUGGCGAAAGACAUGGCUGUGAGUUUUUCAUGGGCAUCAGUUCUCCCAGCAACUGGAUCAUAGAGUCAAUCCAUUUAAGUCCUCCCCAGCCAUGCUGGUCAAUGUAUACAAGUGUGAGGGUUGUAUGUCUGCCUGAGCUUUUAUCGUAAUGAAAGGCUGCAGCGCUCCCUCACAGGGCUGAUUUGGCUAAAAGCCAGACAGGGGCUGGUGUGCUGACUCAGACCGCAGGGAAAGGGAUGUCAAAACAGCGAGAGAAAGAGGAAAAAGUGUAAGAAAGUGAAUGAUGGAGCGGAGGAGAAGGGUUGAGGUGAGGAAAGUCAUGGAAAGAGGAAAGUGGAGACAGUUGGGGUCAGUUUGAGUGUGAGUUAUGUGUUUAUGAAUGGUGGGGAUAUUCUUGUUUCCUCCUCUGCAUGACAUUAGCUGUUCAUCUGUUUAAUGCCCUUCCUGCACACACAUAAGUGCAUGAACCUGGAUGAAGCACCCCCCUGGGAAAACUUCUCAUCAUUAUUCCUCCUCUCCUUUCCUUUCCUUCUCCUCUCCUCAUAUCUCUUCCUCUGUGCACUCUAAAAAGAGCCACCCAUCCUUCCCCCUUUCCUUCUUUCUUUCCUCUUCUCACCUCGUCUGAUGCUCCCCAGGGCUUGAAGGACAAACAUACAUCUCCCACUCGCUCGCCUCAGUCAGGGCUUUGGGAGACUGUGGCCACCCGCAGACGGACGACACACACUUUUGCACACACACACACAGCAGCUGAAAAGAACACAAACACUGAGGUUUGAGAGCACAGACCUGAUGGAUCACAGAGCAGAGCAGAUUAGUUUUACCUUGUUGCCUUUGUUUCUAUGUUUAGUCUCAGUGUUGGGGUCUUGUCUGCUUAUGUGUCUUAGUCUCGGCCUCCUGUGUUUGUCUGUGUGUUGAGGGAAUACACACUCACACAGCAGACUGACCUCCCAGUGCAAUAAAAGCCUCUUCAUCAUUUGUUUGCUGAGUGCUACUUUGACUUUGCGUCAGUCUCCAACCGUUUUUCGGUGAUGUCAUCUGAUACUAUGAGAGAAUGUGACCCACUGACCCUAAUACAUUGCCCGCGUCCCCUUGUCCUCCCUCCUCCCUUCGCAAUCUCACAAGUACAUUAGUAUUACCCCCCACCACACGCACACACACACCCCUCUCUCCAUCUUGAAGCUGAACCAAGCCUUUGUCUCAGCCUCACUCACUGUCAGACAGUCCUGAUUCAGCUCGUACCGCACUCCUCAAUCAGAGCGUCUGUCCGCACGCUGGACCCCGUCCAAACUCUGCGUAGCUCUCCGGUCAUCUCGCACAGGGCCCUGCAAACUUAAAAGCUCUUGCAGCGUUUACUGGAAUACAAUUAGCCUCAUUGGUCGGGGAUAUUCCAAAAGUGGUGGCACUUUAGUCUGGUGGGUUUAAAGGAUUAGUUUCACGUUUAACAAACUAUGACAAAACCAUAGAUUGUUGUUAGUGCAACACUGAUUUAGUAAAGAUAUGCAAACAGCUUUAAUUUUAAGCUUCAGGCUUGCUUUUGUACUACAGUCUCAAGAUAAUAGAUGGUUGUUGUAGUUGUAAACCGUUAUAAGAAUUUACCAAGAUGUCAGUUCGAUUCUUUAAUGUUUUUGAUAAGAUCAGUGUAAAUGUGAAUGCAAACCAUUUACAUGAUUUUCAACAUAAUCUGAGGGUCAUAUACAGUUUUGUCAAGAGGGAUUCUGUUCCUGAAAGAAUCAAGGAUUGGGUUUCUCUCCACUUGUAACCAAGUAAAAGGAUCAACUUUUGUCAAACAAUGACAAGAGUUAAGGCUGUUCUUUUUUUGUGACUUAGCUUACAAAGGGUGACCAGAUGGGUUGGUCUAACGUUACCCAUUUCAACCCCAGUGUCAUAAAUCACUGUUGGGAUGAAUGGAUUUAAGUACUCAAAAUGCAGUGAACAUUAAAUCCUGUUCACAGUCAUUUUGCUCUUUCCCAUGCAGAGUUCUUGUUGUCCAAAACCAUCCAAAACAAAACCUCAACAAGAAAAAUGUUUUUUUUUCUAACCCUGCUUGAGAAUCAGCAAUGUGUACAAUACAUCAUGUAAAAAGAAAAUUAUAUAUUCCUCUUGUGAACUUAACUUUUCUUCGCCAGACUUUGAUGGUGGGGUUGUACUUAUAUAAAGUUUGUCGAGUGUUGAGCAUUGACUGCUUAUUUUCUGACAAGGCCAACCCGGAUAAAGUAUAAGUAUUAAGUAUUAAGUAUAAAGAAAAAAUCAGAUUUGAGAAACAACCAAUCUAAUUGCAGAUAUUCUUAUGUUAAAAUGCAAAUCAUGAAGCAGCAUCAGGUUUGAGCGACAAAUUUUCAAAUCAGUUAAAAACUCCUCAUAGUGCAUUUAACUUUAUGUUGAGGUACCCACAUUCACCCACUCCAAUAUGAAUAAAGAUGCUCCUCCAUUCUCAGGCACACAUUAUUAUUAUAUUUUUCCUUUUUCGUGCGAUUUCCUUGCACACCAAAUUUGGAACCCCAUCAUGUAUUUUAAAACUCCUUGUAUCAUUUGCCCUGUGUGCUUCUCGUUGGCCUCACCGUGCAGAGUGAUGGACUCCUGUUGUUCCUCCUGCUUCAACCCAGACAUAAAUAAGACCUGCAUGCAUUUACUAACUCGUGAAACCAUGCUGAACUGAAUUCUCACUUGAAAACACUGAUGAGGCAACAACAACAGUCAGUUAUUUUGGGUGUGUCAUGCGGUUUCACAAUGCCAGAUGAUAGAUGCAGACAGAUUGUUUCAGUUCUCGGUGGUUAAGCCAACAACUAGAUGUUACGAGACAAGCGGUAAAAUUAUGUAAAGAAAAAGACUUUCUCUCCUGAACCUGUAUUUCUUUAUCAAACUUUGCUGGUUCUACACGUAUAAAUUUUUAAGUUGUUUUCAUCGUUUUAUGGGACAAAAGAAAUAUUUUUAAUUUUCAAUUAAGCAAACUUUUGCUAAAUAUGACAAAUACAUUCCGGGAUUCUGGCUUUUUCAUUUAGUGUUUGGAGAAACUACACCAAAGAUCAAAAUUAGAUCUUCAUACUGGAAAACUUUGCCUAAGGCCUGUUGUGUCUUAGUGUGUGAUUGUUGCCAGUUCACUCGUGUCCACAGCUGCUGACUUGCAUGUGAGAAUAAAGGACAACUGAGGAAAAUUGAGUCACGUGACUCUCCGUGGAAGAAUUGAUCUCUGGGAAAAACCAGCAGAGUAAAGCUCUGUCAAUCAUUAUCACCCAAUCUGAUGUUAACGCUGCCUGUGAGAGCCACAUAGAGGGUCCAAGAGGCAACAGCAGAGCAUGAUGGGAAUAUUUGGGGAGAUAAGAGAGCAGGAAAACGAGUGAAGGGUCAGUUAAAAAUGAGGUUAGAGGGUCAUUCACAGAUCAUUAGGAGUCCAGGGUGACAUCAGCUACAUACAACAAGUGUGUGCAUGUGUGUGUGUGUGUGUGUGUGUGUGUGUGUGUGUGUGUGUCGGUCUCUUCCCCCACAUCGGUUAGCUAUAAAAAGAUGACACAGUUGUUUUCUGUCUUCCUCUUGUUUAGCGGCUGAUUGCAUCAACAGGCUGUCAUUGUUUCAAGAGGCUUUUCCCCUUCAGGGCAUCUGACGGGAGAGAAAAGAAAAAUCCCCAUCCUCUCUUCAUUUGUCUCUAUCAUACUUGAAAAGGCAUACUGUGACAUUUAGGGAAUGCCCUCAGUCAGUUUCCUGCCAAAAGCUGAUGAGUGGAAUGAUACCCUUUUUAUGUCUGCGCUUAUAGUACAAAGCUGCAAAUAUGAUUAAACUGGAAUCAGGGUUAGGUUUUAGAUUUGUGUUGGACUGCAGUCAAGGUUGGUCUUUCCACUUGGGUCAGUACACAAAUGCGGGUUUACUUACAGCUUUAUUUCACUGUAGCCUGUUUGAUGGAUCUGACUUAGACGUAGUAGGAGGAGACACAAGAGACCCAGAGAGUCAGAGCAAAAGAAAACCAGCUGUGUGGCUGACCGAGUUUAUGAAUGAAAACAGGAAGAAUGGAUUGAGACAGAGUCAGAGGGAGAAGGACAGGAAAACAAGCGUCUGCAGGAGAUGUAAAAAUUGAGCCUGCAGGCUGAAGGGGGGUUGACAUUAAACAGCCUAAUGGCUGUGGACAGACACACACAGACAGACACAUAUUUGAAGAGAGGAGUGUUGGAGAAGUGAAGUACUUGUUAAAUACAGUUAAAUGAAUACCUGUCUUGGUAUCUGUAUGUUUUUAUUUCUCUGAUUUAUUUUCCUCUCUUGUGCCUUGUGUUUGUAAAUCAACGGAGAAAUUCGACUGAAGGAGAAAAGUUGGAGGGCAUUAGGAAGUAAAAGCUCCGUAACAUUAAUUUGUUCAGGAAAUAGUUACAAACUUUAAGUGCCAGCGUUGAAAAUGAAGCAUCAGCAGCUUUUGCUGUUUCCACAAAGUCAGGAGAUCAUUUGGGAAAGGUAGAUGCUUUUACUGACCUGCCAACUCUUUCCCAUUUUGUUUGUUUUUCCUGUUAUCUCUGGGAGCAUCUUUGUCUAAAUCUUUAAAGUGGUCUGGAUUUGUAGCGUCUCCGUCAGGCUGAAUGUUUUAUGAGCUUUGAGCUGCUGGGAAGGAUCCAUCUUCUUCUGUCUCUCCUGUUUCCUGCAACUUCUACCCUGUAUAUUUUUCACCCUUAUCCCUACAUACUGUUGCUGUUUCAGAAGGCUACAUGUCCAACACUUUAAGGUGGACUGUACUGUAUUGAAAAUGGCCUUUAAGCAUUGUCUGUCUUUCCCUCCUUUAGGCAGCUGUUGGCCCCUGGAUAUCAAGAGAUAUGGUACAGUCCAGAUGGGACCCGCAAGUCCUCUUCUCCUGUCAACACUGUGAGUCUAUGAGGCAAUUUAACGUCUUUAUAAUGCUGCUAACAAUAUCUAAUGACAGCAGGAAAAUAGUCUCAAAUUAUAAUAUAGAUGUCAUAUAACAUCCAUGCUAACAUCACCAGGUUUGCAGUAUCUUAUCCUGUUUCCUUCUUUUGUGUUCAUCUUUACUUGUGUCUGUCUUCCAGGGACACUGUUUCUACCAUGGAGAGGUUUUAGGCCUGGAAGGCUCAAGUGUUGCUGUUAGCACAUGCUCAGGACUCAGGUAUGUAAAACUCCAGCAUGGGCUGUUUUAACAAAGUUUUCAAAUAUUUAGAGUUGGUCCCACAUUUCUUUGAGUUUUCUAGAAAGUCUCCCAUAAGGCUGAAUCACUCUCAGAGUAAAAGCUUUUCAUGAUGACAGCUUUUGUACUUCAGAGUGGAGAAGAGGACUUCUCUGUCGCUGCAAAGUUUCUUCAACUUAAGAUAGAUAGCUGAGCCAAAAAAAACUUUCUCCAACUCUCAAACACAGAGAGUGAGAGCUGCAGACUUGAGCCUGUAGGGAUGCUGUUUGUGAUUAAUCCUUUUAGAGACGUGUUUUCACCACUCACAUUGGAAUGUUAAAAAAUAUUAACCCUAUUAAGGCUCAUUUAACAGCCUGUUUUUGGCCUGUUUUUCUGUCUGAUGUGCAGAAUUUUUGGCAAGCAGAAGAGGAUCAAUAAAGUUACUUCUGCUGUGAUUUCUGAGUUGUGGGCAAAAAAAAAAAACUUUAUUGGUCUACAAAAAUGAAAUGCACUGUUGUUCAACAUUUCCCAUUUUGGUAAGCGUACCAAACUAUAUGUGGGUGUUGGUCACGGCUCAGAACAUAAGCGCUCUCGCCGUAUUUUAAUUUCAUGCAUGUAGAAAACCUUGCGGAACAUAUACCUUCCCAAGAAAUCUCCUCUCCCCUGGGGGAGCUGAGCUGCUAAUCCCUUUUCCUGAUAGAAUAAGCCAGGUUCUUCCUUUGGUCCAACAUCAAAAAGGCCAGUUACUCCAAUGGCCUAUAAAUAUCUUCCAGUUAAACCAGUUACCAUAUUUAGAUCCAUAAAAAAAUGGUUCACAUGAGACUCUCAGGACUUCAAAGUUGUAAGAUUUGAUCUGUCGAAAUCCCACUGAAAUGUUAAACUGCUAAGUGAGGCUUUUCAGAUGUACAUGUCGCACAAAUUUUCACUCUAAUUUUAAAGCUACUGUAUUUUCCGCCCUAUAAGUCACUCUGGAGUAUAAGUCGCACCAGCCAAAAAAUGCAUAAUGAAGAAGAAAAAACAUAUACAGGUAUAAGUCGCAUUUUUGAGGGGAAAUUUAUUUUACGAAAUCCAAGACCAAGAACAGACAUUUCAUCUAGAAAGGCAAGUAAUAAUGAUAACAAUAGAAUAGAGAACAACAGGCUGCAUAGGUGUGCAGUAUGCUAACAUAACACGUUGGUGGUUAUUCAGCUCCAUGAACCAUAAACAACAAACUCAAUAGGUGUCUGGUAUGUUAACCUAACAUAUGAACAGUUAUUCAGAUAACUAUAGUAUAAAAAACAUAACAAAACAAGUUUGACAAACUCUCGAUCUCAUUCCAAAUCACAAAAUCCAUCGAGUUUUUCAUCCCCUGUGUCACUUCUGAAAAACUCUGCCACUAAAUGUGAAAUUAUAUUUUUUAAUAUAUAUAAGUCGCACCUCAGUGUAAGUCUCAAACCCCGCCAAACUGUGAAAAAAAGAGCGACUUAUUGUCUGGAAAAUACGGUAAGUUGAGAGCUGUCUGUGGGCUUACCCAGAAUAAGUUUGGGCAUUUUACAGUUAUAAAUAAAUAGUCACUAAAGCCUCUACAACUGUUCUGGCUUUGACAAAACAAUAGCUGAGGAGCUGAAGUGACAGGAAACAUUUUGCAUUGUAGUGUCUUGUGCAGCACAGCAGGUUUGUAGGUCACUGGCUCCAGAGCUGGUUCAUUGAGUGCAGCUCAGUAUGGAGAUCCUGUGUUUUCUCCUGCUGUGGAUCCCGAGCAGCUCAUCCCUCCUGCUUGGGAGAGAGACACUCUGAGAGGAGGGACCGGCAGCUGAGGCGAAGCUGGCAAGCACUGAUAGAAAUCGUAGCCAUAUGUGUGCUGUUCUGGGUUCACUGCUCUGCAUCUGGAUGAAGAGUGAAUGAAUACCUCCUCUACUUAAUGUACGCUCUCUGGAGAAAAGCAAACACAGCGCACAUGGAGGGACUCUGACAUGUGGGCGUCUGACCUCCAGAUGUUUUCUGCAGCUGCUUGACCUGCUGCUGUAUGCAUGCUCAUGGAGAUGUCUACACUCUUUAAGUGGUUUUGAGAAGAAGGAACACGAUAAUACAUAGCUGUGUCUAUCCCAGGAGACCUAAACAUAAGUAAAUCACCUAAGACAUUCCCCUCUGAUCCACUCAGCAUUAAAAACAGCAGUGCUAAGCAGGAAAAGGAAAUCUAAAUCUGAUGUGGAACCAUAUGAUUUACUCACAUUUCAAUUCUCAGAGUAGUAAGGUAAUUUUAUUUUCAGUUAUUUCAAUGAAAGCAUUGAUUUUCACUGCAUACAGACAGACAGCUGCAACAUCUGUUAUUCCCUUGUGAUUUCCUAAAGCUAAAAUUUGGAUGGAACCAUCAGCGGUGUCUUCUUUCCCCAGGGGACUGAUUUCUCUGAACACAAGCGUCAGCUACCUGAUAGAGCCUCUUCCUGCCUCCGCGGAUGCUGAGCAUCAGCAACAGCAUGCUGUGUUCAGAGCCGAGAGUCUCCGUCUACCCCGAGGAAGGUGCCUGCAUCACCAUAGCAACGAGGAGCACAAGGAGGAGCUCAGUGACUUCAUCCAUGGAAUGAUGUCACCGCAGAGCAGGAGGGUGAGUUCAGAGAUGAGGAGCAACUACAGUUUUAUCACAAAGCACAACACUGUCAAAAUAUGUUUAGAUUUUGUGCUGCUAUUUUUUUUUUUUUUUUUUUUUAGGAAAAAAGGGACCUGAGCAAGAAUAUGAAGUAUGUGGAGCUGCUGAUGGUGGCAGACAACGCUGAGGUGAGGACACAGCUCUGGAUUUGGUUUAAUUUGGUUACUCUUUAACCACAGAGGGACUUUUUGUCUCAUAUCUCAAGGUACAGGAGUACAGGACAUGGCUUUGCAUGUCAAAUCAACUGUGUAGGAGUCAAUGAAGUGUUAUAUGAAGUGUCUGUAACAAAGUCUGAUCAAGACUUGUGCAAGUCAAUUUGGGGUUCAAAUUACACAAAGGGGUAAAUGUGCACAUAGAGGGUUGUCAAGCUCAAUUCCGCUCAACUCGACAUUAUUAAUAAGCAUCUCACAUACAAACAUGUUACCCAAAGUGCUUAUGAUGAAAACAGACUAAGUGGAAAAAAGAUCUGAAAUUUUUUUAAACUAGACACAUUUUGGAAAAUGCAUGGAAAGCAUAUGAGUGUGAGCAACUCAUCACACAGAGGCUACUUUCCCUUCAUGCAGUGUUGCAACCAAGAUUUUAAAAAAAUUAUAAUAAUAAUAAUUUUAAAAAACUUGCUGAGGGACAAAGUGGACUCGUAACUGUGACCCAAUCUGCAAAAUCAAAUUAAAGUCCACGUCUCAUGAUACAAGGCUAAUAAUAGCUGUGACAAUGAAAGUCAAACCUGCUCACCCUCUUUGUCUAUGAGUUUGUGGUAAACCACUCACUUGCAAAAAUGACCAGCAAUGAUAUAAAAACUAUAAAAGGAACAAAAUGUGACAAAUAAACAAGAUAAAACUCUCAUCAUAACUUAAACACAUAUCAUAUGUGUCUUAAUGUUUUGCAUAGUGACAAAGCUUACUUCAUCCUAUGGUCCAGCGUUUUGUAUAAUAUCACAUCUCAUUAUAUUUUAUGUUUCCCAUUGUGCCUUUUCUAACCUUAUCCUAUCAUAUUUUGUUUCUGUUUAUCCAUCAAUCCGUCCAUCCGUCUGUCUGUCCAUCUUUUAUUAUCCAUAAUAAACCAAAUGUAUACAUCCCCCUCAGCAAAAUUGUACUUGCUCCUUUAUUUUGAGCAAACAUAGAUAUAAAUGCAGCAAUGAUUGACAUCCUGUUUGUUAUUUGAAGUGUGAAGCCUCCUUGAAAAUCAGGAACUUAAAACCACAAGUUUGGGUGUGGAGGUCUGUCUAUUUAUGGGUAAAAUGUGGUCAAUAUUGUUUGCAGUUUGAGAAGCAUGAGAGCAACCUCGAGAAGACCAAAGUCAAACUACUGGAAGCUGCCAACUUGGUUGACAAGGUAACACCUGAUGUCAAGAAUGAAAAACCACAAACUGAUGCUUCAGUUUUGACACUCUGCUACAUUAUGACUGUGUUUCCUGUUGGCAGUAUUACAAGGCUCUGAACAUCCGUGUCGCAUUGAUUGGUCUGGAGAUUUGGACCAGCCAGGACUUGAUCAACGUCUCAGACAACCCUCACAGCACUCUGGCAGCUUUCUUGUCCUGGAGACGCAAACAGCUCGGCACGCUCCCUAAUGACAACGCUCAGCUCAUCACGUCAGUCACCACUCUUCCCAUUUGUCAUUCUUCACCCCUUAUCUCCUGCCCCACGGGGUAGAUCUCUCAAAUUGAUUUGAUCUCCAUUGUAUGAGACACUUAAACACUACCAGUUGUAUCCCAGUGGGUCAUUGUCCAGCCUGAACUAAUCACCAGUGGCAUUGUGUGUCUCUAGGGGGAAGGGGUUCCAAGGCACCACCAUUGGGCUGGCACCUCUCAAAGCCAUGUGCUCCGACUACCAGUCUGGUGGAGUGAACACGGUGAGAGACAAGAGUCUAAACAAAGCUGAAUUCUUUGCAUGUAAUGCCCUGGUGUUGCAAACUUAUGUCUAUGGUCAGAUAUAAAUAGGAGACACAUGAAACUGGGUUUGUCGACAACUGUAGGGGUUAUUGUUGUGAUUUCAGGCUCCACCUGCUCACACCUGCAAGUACAGAGAUAUGAAAGACUCUGAAAAGUUAUUGACCUCUAUGUGAAUAUCUGGAAUAAAUGGAUUUUGCAUUGUAACAAAAGUGUCCACACCAGUGGUAACAUGUCAAAACAAAUAGCAGGAUUAACUCUUUACAAAUUCCAACUAGAAGUCUGACUUAACAGGACUUAAAAGUUGAAGUUUUAACUGUCUUAUUUAUGUGUAAAAGAACAUCAGAUCUGUUAUUUGACCUUAUAUAGCAUUGGACAGUUAUUUUUCCUCUUUUAGGAUUGUAUAUAUUAAGCUGUGAUUAUGUCUAAAGACACACCAGUAACAUUGUCCUGUUCCUGUUCUAUCUUACCUAAAAAUAGCAUCUGCUACUUAACAAUCAUUGACUUUUCCUUUAAAAAGGAUCACUCAGAGUCAGCUGUGGGGGUAGCUGCCACCAUGGCUCAUGAAAUGGGCCACAACUUUGGUAUGAGCCACGACAGCGCGGGCUGCUGCCAGGCGAAGGCUGAUGACGGAGGAUGUAUCAUGGCAGCUGCUACAGGGUAUGAUUCAAGAGAAACUCAUUUCCUGCUGAAUUUAAGUUAAAGAGAGAUUUUAAAAAAGAUUUUUUCCUUAAUGCUCGUGUCUCUCUGUAGGCAUCCAUUUCCACGUGUAUUUAAUAGCUGUAACAUGAGGGAGCUGAAGAGCUACCUGAACUCUGGGGGAGGGAAGUGUCUCUUCAAUCUGCCAAACACCAGAGUCAUGUACGGAGGGCAGCGCUGUGGCAACGGUUACCUAGAGGAUGGGGAAGAAUGUGACUGUGGGGAGGAGGAGGUCUGUGUGUGGCAGAUCUUAGAUGCUGGGGUGUAUUUUUUCCGUGGGUGUUUAUGCCAAGCCUCAUGAUUCUUCUUCUCUCUUUGUGUAGGAGUGCAACAGUCCCUGCUGUAAUGCCAAUAACUGCACUCUGAAAGCAGGAGCUGAGUGUGCACAUGGAGUUUGCUGUCAAAACUGCAAGGUAAUACAUCAAUAAAAUCUGACAGUCGUCGAAACAAAAAAGGGAAAUAUCCUGUAAAGGGUGUUGAAUUGCAUCUCUCUCCCAUCCUAAUCUCCCAUUCACCUCUCUCUUGUCUUUGUGUCCAGUUGAAGAGCCCAGGUGUGCUGUGUCGAGCUCCCUCUGGGCCUUGUGAUCUGGCGGAGUACUGUGAUGGGAAGACAGAGACCUGUCCUGCUAAUUUCUAUUUAGCGGAUGGUACAAUGUGCGCAGAAGGACAGGCUUAUUGUUACACCGGCAUGUGUCUGACCCUGGAGCUGCAGUGCCGCUCUCUCUGGGGAAAAGGUAGGUAGAGUUUAUAAUAAUGGAUUGAUUUUUCUCUGAUUUUGAUCAUUAUUAGUAAAUAGUUUUAUGAGUUGAGAUCCAUAAUAAUGUAAUCAUCAAAUAUAUUUUUUCAAAUAAAGUCUAAAGCAUAAUUUCAAAUGGAUAAUAUCUUUAUAUUAUUUCAACAGUAAAAGCCAUUGUGUCUCCUUCAGGCCCUGAAGUCCUGUUGGUCUCUCGAGCAUUUCCUGUUUUAGUUUUGAGAUAGUCAUUUAAAGUCUAGUCCCACUGUUAAGUAUCAAUUCUUUAAUCCCCUUGAAUUUACAACAAUUAGAGUCUUUCUUUACAUAUCUCUAAAGCAGAUUAACUAACCAAUAAGAAAUUAGAUGAAGUCAAAGAUGAGCAGGAUUAAGGACUGUUAUUGGACAGGGUCCAUAUUCUUGUUGUGACAGUGUCCCUGUGGAGCCUUUGUAGUACCACAGGAGCCACACAGAACAGUGAGGGGGCCAUCUGCUCUCCAUCAGGUGGCCACAUAACACACUCAGCGUGCAUUUACUGUUUGUAUUGUGUGUGUGUGUGUGUGUGUGUGUGUGUGUGUGUGUGUGUGUGUGUGUGUGUGUGUGUGUGUGUGUGUGCGUGUGCGUGUGCUGCUAUAUUAAUGUGUAGCUAUAUUAAUGUGCAACCAUGCACUCUUCCUCCACCACAGAUGGCCGAGCGGCUCCUGACCUGUGUUUUAAGAAGGUGAAUGAAGCGGGGGACAUGUAUGGGAACUGUGGAAAGGAUCUGUUUGGGAAAUACAGGAGCUGUAAGGAAAGGUGAGGUCAAGUUUAUUUGGUUCUUUUACUUCAUUAUUUCACAGAGGUUAACUUACAUGCCCAGAGACACAACAUUACAUUUUAAGAGGUCUUUUCUGGUCAUUACUCCUUUUAGGGAUGCUGUAUGUGGAAAGAUCCAGUGUUUAACUUCUGCCACCAAGCCUGUUGGGAACAAUGCUGUUCGCAUAGAAACAACUGUCAAAGUGGGCAGUUGGAAGCUCCACUGUAUGGGGACGCAUGUGUACAAGCCUGGGCAGGGGGAUGAGGAGACACAGGGUGACACUCUGGACCCUGGUCUGGUCAUGACAGGCACUAAGUGCGGCGUGGACUCUGUAAGUCUUUACAUGUGCAGAGAAGUGUUAUCUUUUUCCAGUCUUUUGAAGAAGUAAAGGUGUUUGAGGCACUAUUUGAUUCUCUUCCCCUUUCUCUGUCACAUCCCUCCUUCUCUCUUCAGAUCUGCUUUAAUGGAGAAUGCCGCAAUGCAUCUUUUCUCAGGGCUGAUGAGUGCAAUGCCAAAUGCCACGGGCGGGGGGUAAGUUUCUUUGUGUUAGAAAAGACGCUGGAGAGAUGGAUUUCCUUGGAGUUUUGGCUGUUGGCCUGCUGUAAUGGAAAGCUUGCAAACUUGGCAGUAGUGCAAGAAGUGUUUGAAUCUUUUACUUAAUUAGAAUUAGCAGCACAGCAACUUCAAGAGACUCAAGGAAAAGCAAAUGCCCUGCAUUUAAAUUCUUGCCCAAACAAAAGUACAGAAGUAUUUUAAGCAAAAUAUACAAUAAAAGUGUCUAGAUGAACCCACUUACUGUAAAUUCCCAUCUCUUAAGUAAGUGUUGGCUGACAAAUGAGUUUGGCUCUGUAUUUCACUCUUAAGUAAUGCAGAGUUGGUGUUAAAGGUUGCAAAGAAUUGUGUAAAACAUAUUGAAGUAAAUUAAAACUACCUAAACUGUUACCUGUGAUGGGACUGAGUAGAUGUGUGCUAUGAAAUGACAGGUUUAAAGAAUAGUUGUCAAGAUUCUCUUUGUGCCAAAAACAUAUCUCACACUCAUAUGUAAACAUAGUUAAUUUAAACAUUCACUUUUUAUUUUACAGCUGUGCAACAAUAACCAUAACUGCCACUGUGACUCUGGCUGGGCGCCUCCUUUCUGUGACCAGAGGGGGUCAGGGGGUAGCAUGGACAGUGGACCUGUACCCAGCCACAGUGAGGCCGUGUUUUUUGUUGUUUUUAUCACUGAUGGUAAACAGUGUAUCUUUAAAAUGAAGCCCUUUUCUAAAUGUUUUCUCGUUCAUUUCCAAACAGUGAAUCUCCUUCCAGUCCUGGUGGUCCUCCCUCUGGUUCUCUUUGUGAUUUUGGAUGCUGUUGGACUUUGGUGCUACUACAAACACAAACACAAGCCAAUAAAAGCCUCUGCUCCACCCCCAGUGCCAAGGUAUGAAAUUAUGCUAAUGUACUAAUGCUUCACAUUAAGUAGCAGCAGUUCAAUGUAUUUAUCAGCGUCUGAAUGAUGGCUCUGUAUGUUUGUUGUUUUUGUUGAACCCUGUAGUUGUUCUGUCCCUGUCGAGAGCAAGUCUCUUUGUGCUGAUGAUCAUAAGAACGGUCACGCCAAUCCAACCUUCUUACUGAAGAAACAAGACUCAGACCGUCUGGUAAACAAGCUGAAAAAAUAACCCACACUGUUUUGUUUUUCACUUUUGUAGCUAAUUUUAAAGUGACUUACUGAACUUUUUUUCUUGAAGGUGAAGUCAUCCCCUCGUCAGAGCCCGUCUUGCCCAACUCGGUCCAGAACUUCUAUAGUGCGCCCAGCAGUGAAACCUCCAUCUGUCCCUGCAUAUGCUUCAGAGCAGAAAGAGGUCCAGUCUUUAGAUCCUCCUCAAAGACAGCACUCUCCUCAGGGUUACACUUCACCUUCAUUUAAAUCUGUGCAGCUAAAAGAGCCAAAACGCCAGCAGGCUCCUACUCCUCCUCCGCCCUCAGGACCUCCAUGUUUACCUCCCCAGGACACCAAAUCCCAAUCGCAGCUUUCGAAAGUCAACAAGACCAGGCCAGACCCUCCAAACAGACCUCCACCUCCUUGUCCUGUAAACAAGCCAAUAGUGAGUAUUUUCUCUGUGUACUUAAAAAUUCAACUUAUAUAUUUGUGACGUGAAUGUGAUAUAUGUAACUUUGUCGUUUUGAUUUAGGAACAGCAUCAAACAAAAGGCCUGCAGGUUACAGUCACUGCUUUGCAAAGAGGGAAAGCUGCUUUGGCACCAUCUGCUGGACAGACAAAGCCAAACAGGUAAUUUAGCUGGUGUUGCUUUCUCAUGCAAACCUGUACAAACACUUUGUUAACUUCUACUUCUGUUUCUCUCUCAGAAUAUAAGAACUCAGGGAGAUGCUGGGGACCUUCACUGUCAUCGAUUAAGACACUGCCUCAGACUGUCGUCUUGAAUAUUGGGAGCUGAAAUAUGUGGCAUUGUGGGAGUUGAUGAAUACUUGACUUUAUGGGUUACAAAGUAUUUACGUUGACAUCUAAGGAGCGAGAAGAGUAGCAUUUGAGCAAGUUAUGGUACAUAUCAUUAGGUAAAUGUUUAAGUCUUAAACUUCAGUUAAAGGCUUAGUUAGUGUUGUUUUAAUCUCAACUGUGUUCUUUAACAGCUUGAAAAAGCCAGAGCUGUGAAUUUAUGAAUUUUUACCUUUGCUUUUAAUGUCCCCAAAGUUAAUGUAAAUGUGAAAUAGCUCAAAGUUUGCAUCAGUGUUUGAUCACUGUUAGGGAAUAUUUAUUCACAGAGAAAAUGAAUGUUUACAAUGUAGCCUAUGUACUAAACAUGGUGCCUCUUGAAGAGCAUCAGCUAUAAAGGGAUGUCUUAUAUUAAGAAAAGAUGCCAGUGCUGAAGUGCUAAUGCUUCUUAUGCGUGAAAAGAAGGGGGUGAAAACUGGACGAUGGGGACCAGUGGAAUCCCUUCAUGCAUGUUACAAUGUCUGCUUUUAAUGAGAGGCGGAUGUCCACCUCUCGGUUUUAACUUUUUAUUUUCUAAUUGUCUUAUUUUAACGACUUUAUAUUGUUCUAGUGUUGCACUUUAAAGCAAUCAUUUUAAUCACCUGAUCCUCUCCACCUUGAGGUAUUUUCCACAAGUACUAACCGAUUACAGUCACUACUGUUGAGUACGAUUGAUAACAUGGAGAACUGAAAUGAAACUAUUCAAACCAACAGUAGCAUUUUUCUUUGUUGUCAGUAACAAUUCGUGAUGUUAUUGUCUGCACCUAAGGAACAAUUCAGAUCACUUAUAAUCAUGAGAAAAUAAGCCAUAAUUAACAAUCAUUUAACCAGUUUAAUAUCUUUGAGACAUGAGACUCCAGACAAUUGAAUCUUCUUUUGGGGAUCAAUAAAGAUCGUCUUAUUUUAUCUAUAUUGCACCAUAGAUUUUUUUUUUAAGAUGUCACAAAAACUGCUCCUUCAUGACCAAAAAGAGAUAGAGGCAAUGAUUGUAACUGUUGGCAGAGUAGCACUGAUAACUUUCUGUAUUUCUGUAUGGUACAGUAAAAAAAAAAAAAUGUAUUUGACUACUCGGGGAUGAGCUGGUUUUUAUCUGCAACAUGGAAAUAAAUGUGUGUCGGCUGCCAUGUACCUUCUAAUCAGAACUAUGCAAAUCUCUGUUCAAUACUGUGUCCUAAACUGGAAUUCAAGUGAACACAUGAAAAAAUAAAAGCAUAUUAUGCAUUUUAA